AUGGACAUGGAAGAUGAGGAAAAGGCAGUCCGAAGGGUGGGAGAAGGAGGAGGAGAAGAAUGUCGAGUUUUCCAAUGCCAGUUCUGUUCAAGAAAGUUCUACAGCUCUCAAGCUUUGGGAGGACACCAAAAUGCCCACAAAAAAGAGAGAACGGCUGCCAGAAAGGCUAAAAGGGCAUCGGAGUGCUCCUCUGCUUGCCCUCCCCUGUUCCUCGCUUCUCACGCUUCAAGUCUUCACUACUUCCAACCCCAUCAGAUUUUUUACCCUUUCAGACCCAACGCUGCACCUACAUUCGGCGGCAAUUCUCUGUUUUGUGAAGAUGUUGGCGACAGAGGCUUGGGGAAUUGGCACAGCAACAUGUCACUCACAAGCGACGACCACAGCAUUGGCAUCUUGAAUCGUUGUCAAGAGAAAGAUCAAAAUCUUGAUUUGACUCUGCGUCUAUAG